AAAUAGAAUAAAAAUUAAACUUAAUAACACACAUAGAAGAAAGGUAUGAGAUUGCUAAUAGGAUUACUAUUGUUUGGAAUAUGCUGGGCACAGGAUAGAAUACCUAUCACCACUUCGAGGGAUAAAUUGGACCUCAGGGAUACUGCUGUAAUUCUGCCGGAAAUUGAGCAUGUUGAUGCCGGUCACAACCCCGUUGAUGUUCGCUUUGAAACUGAUGCCCAAACAGUAACGACGCAAGGUGGCAGUGACGAGGAAUGUUCAACAAACUGUGACUCGUCGUCAUCAGAAUGUGAAGGUCAAAGUUCAGAAUGCACUGGGUCAUCAAAUUGCCAACAACAAGGAUCCUACUCUUGUCAAUCUGGCAAUAAUAAUUGUUGCGGAUGCUGCUGUGGGUGUGGCGGGGGCGGGUCCUUCACCAAUCACAUACUCUUAGAAUCUAUGAACAGGAUUAUGCAGGGACCACCAGGUGUUCAGGGGAUUCAAGGUCUUCAAGGACCAGCAGGAUUGCCUGGUAUGCCAGGAUCAUCAGGAAAGCCAGGAAUGCCAGGACUACAAGGCCCUCAAGGAAUACAGGGUAUCACUGGACCAGUAGGAAAAGGUCUUAAAGGCGACUGCGGACCCAAGGGCCCAAAAGGUAUGCCAGGAAACCCAGGAGUCAGUAUCCCGGGCCCUAAAGGAGAACCUGGUCCCCCUGGCCCACCAGGACAAUUUGACUAUGGGGAAUUGAAAGCCCCAACACCACCCACUGAUGGAUUAAAUGGGGGUGAAGAAUCGCAGGGAAUAAAAGGAGAAAUUGGCCCCCAAGGUGAAAAGGGAGAACAAGGUUUUGAAGGGCCAAUGGGGCCGGAAGGGCCACGUGGGUUGCCCGGACCGUCAGUUAAAGGGGAGAAAGGAAUGACCGGGCCACAAGGGCCACCUGGACCCCCAGGGGAGUUAUUAGCAAAUGUCACCGGGGGAGGGUUAGGGAGACCCGGUAUUCAGGGGCCAAAAGGGGAGCCCGGAGACUCUAUCAAAGGGACCCAAGGUGAAAAAGGGCAACAAGGAGAAAAGGGUAUGCCUGGGGUUGGAGAAAUUGGCGGAAAGGGUGAACCUGGGUUACCUGGACCCCGUGGGGAGACUGGAAUUGGGGAACAAGGACCCCCUGGGAAGGAUGGCAUGGGAAUAAAAGGGGAUAGAGGAGAGCGUGGUCUCCCCGGCCCCCCAGGGGACUUGGGUGCAGGAAAUUUGGUCACUGGUGAUUUAAUUAAAGGGGAACCUGGAGAAACUGGGCCCAAAGGUGAAAAGGGGGAACGGGGCACAAUUGGGCCACAAGGACAAAUGGGGGUAGCGGGUAUUAAAGGAGAGGCUGGAAGAAUGGGUCCUGCUGGCCCCCAAGGUCGCCCAGGAAUCAGAGGUGCAAACGGAAGAUCAAUUAAGGGUCCCAAAGGCAUGCAAGGGGAGGGAGGGCCUAAGGGUGAAUCUGGCACUGGGUAUCCUGGACCCCCUGGCCCACCUGGACCCCCAGGAAGAAGUAGUGGGAGUAUCGGCUUUUUCCCUAAUACAGGAGGGAGUUCUUCUGAUUGUUGUCACCCACAAAAAGUCGCAUUUAUGGCUGGUUUGUCUUGCAAUUUCAAUGGACAUUACGAGCGCAUAGCGUUCGAUACUAUUAUAACAAACGAAGGGAGUGCAUACAGCGAAAAAUCUGGCUGUUUUAUUGCACCUGCUGCUGGACUUUACAUUUUUCACGUACAUAUACUAAGAUGCCAAAAUGGGGGGCCGUUAUUUAUGCACCUCAUGAAGAAUAAAGACAUGAUAAGUUCGGGAACAAACCAAGAUGUCCGCUUCGAAACAACAAGUACGAGCGCUGUCUUACAAUUACGAAAAGGUGAUGUUAUGUGGGUGCGAUUGCGACAAGGGACUGUUUAUGGACAUACCCCGUCCCAUUAUUCCACAUUUUCGGGGUACGCUCUCACUUUAGAUGAAGAUAUUGACUCUAGCGCCAUCUCAUGGGAGCGCGCUGACGCUGUUAGUUUUGCGCUUCGAAAACCAAAAACUCGCAGUAAAUACCUAGGUGGAACAAGGUCACCUAGAGUUGAUGGUGAUCACAGGUGAUUGGUCAAUAGCAAUGUCAAUCAUUUAAGGACUUUAUCUGAUUGGUUGAUCAAAUGAAACGGUUGGGGUUAAAAAUGCAUGUUGUGUUGAAGUAAUCAUAAUACAGGGAAAAUUUUAUCGAUACCAUAUAUUGUUUUGGCCUUCAUAGAUGAAAUAAAUGAUGCAAAAAACUUGAAUAAACACUGAUUAAAAUGAAAUAAUCCUGGUUAAGAAAUAUUGAGAACUGACUUCAUAUCAAAAUUUUGAAAUUGUAUUUCUAUGAACACCCUGUUUACACAGUACGUCAGUUCAAAUAGUAAAAAUGGCUGGCUUUACGAUGACAAAAAGUUAACUUUUUCAAUGUAUUCUAUUCAAAUGAAAUGAAAUAGAUUUAAUAACAGACAAGAAUUGUGUCUAAAGGCAUAAGCCACAUGAGGAAAAAUUACUACUUUAAGUUAUUAUAUUGGUUAUAAUACUUGAUAUUUGUCACUUUAAUCAAAAAAUAUAUAAAUAAAUAUUUGAGUCCUGGUAUAGAAAUAGCAGUAUUGAUGUUAUGUACUUAAUAAAUGAAGAAAAAAAAUGAAUUCAUUUCAGAAAUCACCCAAAAUUUGGUGAUAUUGGCUGAUGGUCAGACAUAACAUAGGCUCCAGUUAAUAAAUUCUAAUGGUAUUUCGCCAAAAAUAUGACAAUAACCCUGUCUGGUGAAAUACACUGAUAUUUAGUAAACAAACCUGACAAAACAUAAAACAAAACAUUUAUUAUUUUAAAUGAUGAUUAAUAAAUGAAAUACUUUGCUAUACUACAUAUUGCUUUCGCUAUUUUAUUUACAUAUUAUAUACCUAAAUUCAUUUUUUAUUUUAUUAUUGUAAUCUUUAUUUGUUUAUAUUAUUGCCUCUCUUUCUGUAUUAUGUGUGCCAUUUCUAUAUUAAAUUUAUUCGUUAAUAUCAUUGUCUUGAUAAGCUUUUAAGACUCCUAUCUAUUUGGUAUCUACUGAUAGUAUCAUGAAAUUUGGGACAAUUUACAUUUGUCACAUUUAACCACCUCAUUCACGUUUUCUCGACGAUUAUUUCAGAAACCGCAAGGUCUUCGUUCCAUUAUAUUUUAGAUGGCUCGCAGAUGGCAUAAGUUGGUUUAGAACAACUGGAUAAGUAAAUGGAUUAGAAUUAGGAUUUAACCAAAUUAAAUGCUCGUUCCACGUGGUGGCGCACACCGUUCAAAAUUGACACUUUGCCGCAAGCCACAUAAUUUUUUCUGGUGGGCCCUAUUUGGCCGCAGUUUGCACAUCCCUGGCCUAGUGCAGUGGUGCCCAUCUUAAAUGGCUCGCGCCCUUCAGAAAGCUUUUAGCACUCAUGCCCCCUCCCCCUCAUUCAACUCCUAGACGUAUUCAUAGCGUUAUUUUGAUUGGUAAAUAUCGAACCCCAUAUAUAUUCAAACAAUUCAUGCAAACAAAACACCCUGUAAAAUAAUCUAGUCAAGCAAUGAAACUAGGAAGAAUGAGGAGUUUCAUUGUAAAGGAAAGAUCAGUUCUGCGACUAGCGCUGCCCCCCCCCCCCCAACUGGGCCACAGGCCCCUGGUUGGUACCAAUAGCCUAGUGCAUAUAGCAUUAGACUCAACUAUGUUGACAACCCCUGGUUCAAAUCCCACGCCUUCCACAUCACCCAGGUGUAAUACCUAGGUAGACAAUGCCGAAGCAGGAAGCUUCUGAUCCUUUAGAAUAAAUUCUCUAUAUCAGUGGCAUCUUUGCAGAGACUUUUUCGGAGUAAAAGGCUAUAAACACGUCGAAA